AUGGGACUUCUUACAAGGAGGCAAAGAAUGAAUUUUGGGAUUGGAUGGAGCAAUCUUUUGCUCCAACAAAUCGUGCUUGGUUUUGUGGAAGAGACUUCAAUGAAUUUUUUGUGGGGUUGUGAGAAGAGCGGUGGAAGUGAGCCUUCUCACUCUCGCCCAAAAUUCCUACAUAACUUUAUGUCAAAGAUGGCUCUAAUGGAUUUGGGUUAUGUUGGGCCUUGCUUUACUUGGAGAGGAAGAGCGUGCAAUGGUGAUUUGGUUCAAGAACCGCUUGAUAGGGGUUUGGUUAAUUAUGAAUGGCAAACUGCUUGGCCAAACACCAUCGUAUACCAUGAGACAGUUGUGGGGUUUGACCACUGUCCCUUAAUUGUGAAUUGUGGACCACGAUCUCGUCGGAGCAAAAGGCCUUUCAAGUUUGAAGCUAAUUGGGCACGAGAAGAGGAGAGUUAUAGACUAGUUGAAAAGUGCUGGAGUGACACUUUUGAUAGGCCCUGGGUCAAGAGAUGGAGGUAUAAAUUGAAUCAAUGCAAGACCCAAUUAAAAAUCUGGAGUAAGGAAAAGUUUAAGAACAACGAGGAGAUUGAUUGUCUAAUGGAACAGCUGCACUUCAUGCAGGAUAAUUGGGAGAUGAAUUAUCAAGACAUGAAAGUGAUAACACACAAGAUCAACGAGUUAUGGGGGAGAAAUGAAUGCUACUGGAAACAAUGGUCUGGAAUUAAGUGGUUGAAUGAAUGGGAUUCAAAUACCUCAUACUUUUACUAA